CCAAAGAUGGCCCCUCCGCGCGUAACAACUAAGAAGAAGGAUGACUCGAAAGAUAAUUCAGUGUCCUAUGAAGGGGAUUUCUUUCAGUUCUCUCCGUUGUUUAUAAGCAUAAUAAUAAUAUUUCUUAUGAUCUUUUACUGGUUUGUUUGCUACAACAUAGAUGUGGUACCUCUGCAUUCCAUGGGUCCAUUUGGUACUUUUGUGUCAUAUUUGGCCAACAAUCAUUUAAAACUUUUGAGGCUCGGUUUUAGAUUUGCAGUAAUAGCCCAUUUGUUAGAAGCUGGAUUUGCCUACAGGAUUAGUAGGAGGAUGAUGUUUUCACGUGUCACAAGUUUCAAGUGGAUGUUUCAAACUGCACUGGUUGGAUUCCCCUCCCUUGGCUUGUUACUGAGGCAUCGCAAGCAGAGAGAAAUUGCAAGCAAAAAAGUGAAUUGAUUGUCACCUGCAGUCAUGAUCAUUGUAUUUAGUCUUGUGAAUAGGGCUUUGUUUACUUCUAGUUUUUUUAUUCAGUUUCUUCUCGUUUUGGAAAAAUUGAAGGAGAGGGUGAUGUGAAAAUUGCAGAUCGCAGGUCUCGAUAGAUACACUUGUUUAUUAGUGCCCUUCAAUUGACCAAUGGAUAGAAACAACUGUGAAGUAACUGCUGAGAAAUCAAAGUAUUUAGAAUGUGUAGAACAUCAAUGGCUGUAUAGCAGAAACGUGCGAUGUUUAUACUUACAUUCGAUGUAAAAAGAUAGAAGUUGAGUGUGUACGAGUGUUUGAAAACAUGUAACAAACUGGGUGUUGGCACACUCUGAGUACCUAGAGAUAGAAUACCCAGUCUACAGAAGAUCACAAUUAAAAAUGAAUAAGUUGA